UGAAAAAAAAGGCCGCCAAAGAAUCAGCACUAGGGUUUUGAUUCUCAGCUCACUCGAAGGUCAGGGCCUGGCCUUCGUACUUUUUCGCAAAGCUUGGUUUUUAAAGAGAGAAAGAGAAAGGGCGGUUGAAAUCAAAGAGAGAGACAGACGCACAGUUGAAUUCGAACCAACCUUACCAAACAAACAUCUUCUUCUGCUUCUUCUCUCUCUAAUUCCAUUCCAUUGAUAUGAACGACCAUCCAUCUUCAUCUCACAAGAAGACGUCCCUCGGUGUUCGCCACCUCACAGUGCUCGGCGAGUUCAAACCCUUCGGCCUAGUCGCUGAAGCUCUCGACGGCAAGCCCGAAAAUGUCUCCCACAGCUACCAUUACUUCCUCUUCGAUCCCCAAAUCGCCGGACAAAGAGACCAAUCCGAUGACGACAACCAGCCGGCUUCCACUCAUCAAAGCGAUCACGAGCUAUUCAUCAGAGGGAAUCGGAUAAUAUGGACGAUUGGUUCGCGUGUGUACAAGAGAUUCACCUUGCCCCACUCAGUCAUAAUGGUGUGUUGGUGUCGUCUGGGUGAUAUGUCUGAAGCUCUUCUCUGUGUCUUGCAAACUGAUAGUUUGACUCUUUAUAACACGUCAGGUGAAGUAGAAUCAGUUCCUCUUUAUCGCACCAUCACAUCUAUAUGGUCUCUUCCCUUUGGUUUACUCCUCCAACAAUCAACUGAAGGGAACUCAUCAGCACAUGUUCCUUUUUCAUCAUUAAGCCCUUUUCUAAGUGCACGUGACAUAUCCCAUCCAAGAAGAGAAAUUGGAUACAGUCCUCAACAUAAUUUCACUUCGGCAAAUUCAUUUGAUCGUAUUAUAAAAGGAAAUGGAGCUUUACUAUCUUCACAUCUGAUUUUGAAAGAUCCUGUAGAGGAACCCCAGUGUACUUAUAUUGAAGAAAGGGGGAAAUUAAACAUAAUGAAGGAAUUCGAUGAAAGAACGAUAUGGACUAGUGAUCAUAUUCCAUUAAUGGCAUCAUAUAGCAAAGGAAAGAUGCAGCACUCUGUGUGGGUUGUGGAAGUCGUUAAUUCAAACGCUGAAGUGGUAAAUUCUAAAUUAUCUGAUGUAGCUCCUGCUGGAGUUUUACAAAAGCAGUUCUCCUUCCGAAGGAUAUGGCAGGGGAAGGGCGCACAGACGGCAGCUAGCAAGGUUUUUCUUGCAACUGAUGAUGAUUCAGCGCCUAUUAUUUGUUUUCUUCUUCAAGAACAAAGAAAGUUGUUGUCAGUGGGGCUUCGAAGUGUAGAAAUAAAUAAUGAGAUCCUCUUUGAUAUUAAACCUGACAUGAGCUGGAGCAUACCUGCAAUUGGGGCAGCGCCUGUGAUUGUAACUCGUCCAAGAGCGAGGAUGGGAGCACUGCCAUUUAAAGACAUCAUUGUUCUGUCUUCAGAAAACACCCUUCUUCUUUAUUCUGGGAGGCAAUGCUUGUGUAGAUAUUUGUUACCCUCUUGUUUGGCUAAAGGUCAGCUUUCAGAUAAUUUAAAGCCUUUGGAAAUGCCAUAUGUUCUGCAUGAUAUGAAAAUCGUUGGGUUGGCUGAUGCUGUUGAAGGGCGUAUCAAUAUUAUAGUAAAUAACGGACAGAUUUUUAGAUGUACUUUGCGAAGAAGCCCUUCAUCUUCUUUGGUAGAUGAUUGCAUCGCUGCAAUGGCUGAGGGCCUCAGUUACAGAUUUUAUAAUCAUUUUCUCCUUCUUCUUUGGGCUGAUGGUGAUUCGGCUUAUUUAUCUUCAGCAGAUGCUAGUGUCGAUUCUGAAUGGGAGUGUUUUAGUAAUAUUAUAAUGAAAAUGUGUAGAGAGUCUGGAUUCAAUACCCGAUGCCUUUCAGAUUUUGCUCAACAUUCAUCAUGGGAGUUUCUUAUACAUAGCACAUUUCACAAGAAAUACUGUAAAACUAAUUUUAUAACUGGGAUUUCUAGAACCUCACUUGACCUGCAGGAGUCUGAUUCUUCUAGAUCAUAUAUGACACAAAGCGCAGAGAAAUCAUUUUACUUCGAGCUUUUGGUGGAGAUUUUGGAUUCUCUGCAUGGAAUAUAUGAAAGUCUAAAACUAGACAAUCUUCGGAAACGGGAUUUGCGUCUUCUUGCAAUUCUAUUAUGUAAUGUAGCUGAAUAUCUGGCUGAGGGAAGCUAUCUGGACCAUUAUAUUCGUGAUUUUCCUGGUUUUUCCAAAAACUUUGGGAUGUGCCAGACCUCAGUUUCCCAGAAAACUCCGCCCAGUUUAUUUAGAUGGCUUGAAAGCUGUUUGCUUCAUGGAUGUAGUUCUUCUAAUACUAGUGACCUUCCACCUCUAAUAUUUAAAGAUGGGAGUUCUGUUGUGAGCUGGGCCCGAAAGAUAGUCUCGUUCUAUAGUCUGUUAACUGGUGCGGAACAGUCGGGGAAGAAGCUGUCAUCUGGUGUUUCCUGUAACAUUGCCACUGGAUCAUCUUGUACUUAUGAGGAACUAACAAUCUUGGCGAUGGUUGGGGAGAGAUUUGGAUUGCCACAGCUAGACUUGCUGCCUGCUGGUGUCUCUCUUCCUCUGCGACAUGCAUUGGAUAAGUGCCGGGAAUCUCCUCCCUCUGAUUGGCCUGCUGCUGCAUACAUUCUUCUUGGUCGAGAAGAUUUGUCAUUGUCAUGUUUGGGACAUUCUAACAAAUCCAAGGAACUUGAACCCCAAACUGAUGUGAAUUUAAUUUCCAUGUCUACACCUUACAUGCUACAUCUGCAUCCAGUGACGAUUCCUUCCUCAAUUUCUGACACAAUUGGAUCGGAGAACACCAAGUUUGAGGAUACCGAUUCUGUUGAUGGAUCUACCACAGAUGGAAUGGAGCAUAUCUUUAACUCUAGCACACAGUUGCUGUAUGGACGUGAUCUGCGAUUAAAUGAGGUUAGACGUCUUUUGUGCUCUGCAAGACCUGUGGCAGUUCAAACAUCUGUUAACCCUACUGCAUCUGAUCAGGACCUCCAGCAGGCUCAGCUGUGGCAACUUGCUCAACGGACUACUUCUCUUCCUCUUGGUCGUGGGGCAUUUACUCUUGCAACCACCUGCACUCUUUUAACAGAGGCACUCCCGGUCCCAAAGCUUGUUCUAGCAGGUCGGUUGCCUGCCCAGCAAAAUGCAACUGUUAACUUGGACCCAAAUAUAAGGAAUAUACAGGAACUUAAAUCUUGGCCUGAGUUUCACAAUGCUGUAGCUGCUGGAUUAAAGUUGGCCCCUCUUCAGGGAAAAGUGUCACGAACGUGGAUAAUCUAUAACAAACCUGAAGAGCCAAAUGUCAUUCAUGCAGGACUUCUCCUUGCAUUGGGAUUACAUGGAUAUUUGCGUGUUUUAACUAUAACUGAUAUAUACCAAUAUUUUGCACAGGAACAUGAAAGCACGACUGUAGGAUUAAUGCUUGGCCUGGCAGCGUCUUAUCGGGGGACUAUGCAGCCAGCAAUAUCAAAGGCUCUCUAUGUACAUAUACCAGCUCGACAUCCGUCUUCCUUUCCAGAGUUGGAGUUACCAACCCUUCUUCAGACUGCAGCACUCAUGUCAGUUGGGCUUCUUUACGAAGGAUCAGCUCACCCCCAAACAAUGCAAAUUCUUCUGGCCGAAAUAGGUCGUAGAAGUGGAGGCGAUAAUGUACUUGAAAGGGAGGGUUAUGCAGUUUCUGCUGGAUUUUCGUUGGGACUUGUAGCAUUGGGUCGAGGGGAAGAUGCAGUUGGAUUCAUGGAUACAUUGGUUGAUCGAUUGUUCCAAUAUGUUGGUGGCAAGGAAUUUCACAAUGUAUAUGCUGAAAGAUCCCUUCUCUUGGCACUAACAGAUGAACACAAUCGUGGUGCUGGGCAGAUGAUGGAUGGAACCCCGGUCAAUGUUGAUGUCACUGCUCCUGGUGCUAUAAUUGCUCUGGCUCUAAUGUUUUUGAAGACUGAAUCAGAGGUGAUGCAAUCUAGACUUUCUAUUCCGCGUACGCGUUUUGAGUUGCAAUAUGUGAGGCCGGAUUUUGUAAUGCUUCGUAUCAUUGCUCGCAAUUUGAUAAUGUGGACCAGGGUUCAUCCAUCCAAAGAUUGGAUUCAAUCCCAGAUUCCUAUAAUUGUCCAAAAUGGUCUCAAAGGUCUUGAUGAUGAGAUGAGUGAUAUUGAUGAAAUGGAUGCUGAAGCAUUUGUUCAGGCAUAUGUCAAUAUAGUUGCUGGAGCAUGUAUUUCUCUUGGUUUGAGAUUUGCUGGCACAAGAAACGGAAAUGCACAGGAGUUGCUUUAUGACUAUGCUGUCUACUUUUUGAACGAGAUCAAGCUUGUUUCUGUUACAAGUGAAAGUACGUUCCCGAAGGGAUUGUCCCACCAUGUUGAUCGGGGCACAUUGGAAACAUGCCUUCACCUCAUUGUCCUUUCCUUGUCUGUGGUUAUGGCAGGUUCUGGGCAUUUACAAACUUUUCGAUUAUUGAGAUUUCUUCGCAGUCGAAACUCUGCAGAUGGGCAUGCAAAUUAUGGUUCUCAAAUGGCAGUAAGUUUAGCUAUUGGUUUCUUGUUCCUUGGUGGUGGGAUGUGCACUUUUUCAACUAGCAACAGUUCUAUUGCGGCUUUGCUGAUAACUCUUUAUCCACGCUUGCCCACUGGACCAAAUGACAACCGAUGCCACCUUCAGGCUUUCCGGCAUUUGUAUGUCCUUGCAACGGAAGCCCGCUGGAUGCAAACAAUUGACGUUGACACAGGUCUACCAGUUUAUGCCCCUCUUGAAGUUACAAUAAAGGAAACUGAACACUAUAGGGAGACGAGUUUCUGUGAGGUCACCCCUUGCAUUCUCCCAGAACGUGCCAUUUUAAAGACUGUCCGUGUCUGUGGUCCUCGGUACUGGUCUCAGGUCAUACAUCUUGUUCCUGAAGAGAAACCUUGGUGGAGUCCCGGAGACAAGAAUGACCCAUUUAACUCUGGUGUUCUCUAUAUCAAACGAAAAGUUGGAGCUUGUUCAUACGUGGAUGAUCCCAUAGGAUGUCAGUCACUGCUGUCACGUGCGAUGCACAAGGUGUUUGGUUUGGCAAGUCUGAGAGCCUGCACACCAAGUACCAAUAAUUGCAUUGGAGCUGGUGGACUUACAGUUGAUCAGUUGGUCAGUACUUUCUCAUCUGAUCCAAGUUUAAUUGCGUUUGCACAACUAUGUUGUGACCCUUCCUGGAACUGCAGAUCUGAUGUUGAUUUCCAGGAAUUUUGCUUGCAAGUGUUGUUUGAGUGUGUGAGCAAAGACAGACCGGCUCUCUUACAGGUUUAUUUGUCAUUAUACACAAUGAUUGGCUCUAUGACUGAUGAGGUUACCAGUAAUAGUUCAAUUCUUAGUGACUCACUCUUUAUCUCUAGUUUGAAGCUUGCUCUAGCCUACAAUGAAGCUCUGCUAAAUGGAAGAUUGACUACUUCCAGAGGAGGCAUUGUUCAAUCUACUUUUCUAGGUUCACUCAGGAAGCGAGUGGAAGAGCUCUUAAAUGAUUCACAAGGUUUAAAAAGCAAUGUAUAUAAUUAUAUGAAAUCAGGUAGGUGGCCCAUCGGGGAAACUCAAGAGGGGAAGCUUUCAACACGUCUUUCUUGGUAUCUCCAGUGGUACAGCAUACCAGCAUCAUCUGUAAUAAUUACAGCUGUGGGGAAAAUCAAACCCAUGCCGGGCCACACAUCUUCAGUUCCCUUGCUGCGUUUGUUAUUACCAAGAACUCACAUCAAUGUAAUUGGUGAGAUCGAUAGACUCUGGUUUUCUUCCCAGGUUGAUGUUUGAGGCCUGCAUUAAAUAAAAUGAGCUCUGACAUACUGCCCUUUCUACAUCUUGGUAACUUUUACUGCUGUGAAAUGGAGAAAGAGACUCCGGAGCUGAGUUUUACGAAAAGGAUGAACAAAGACAAAGUCAUCCGGAUGCUUGCCACAGGCCAACCUGAUUUUAACAUCAGGAUGCUAUAAUUUGGCCAACCUUCAAAGCACAAAUUCCGGGGAUUGAAGAUACCGAUCUCAUGUCAUUGGAUACUGUGUGCCAUGUAAUGUAAAACAGAUGUAUUGUACUAGAAUAUUAUCAACAACUUACAAUUGUACAUUCAUGGAGGUCUGUAGUUUUUAAUCAUUGCAAUAUGAAAACUCUAAUGUCAAAACCCUAAUUAUAGUAGUUAAUUUGUAUCUCAAUGCUAAAUGCUAUAGUAAGGGUGGACGAUGUUAUCAAUUCAUGAAUACGAUUUCCAUCAAGUGGCAAGUAUGCUUAAACAGGAAAGAAAGUUAUCCA